CGUUUAAGCGCAAUGCUUUAAAAAGUUCCUAGAAAAGACCUCGUGCUUUUGGCUUCUACUUUCCCACUGCUACGCUCAUAAAGUAAACUGCACAUCUGUGCUAUUUAGUAUGUGGUUUGCGUAUAGUUUAUUGUAUUUAUUCACUGUGUAUUUGGCAGUAAUUCUUAGAAGGCUCAGCCAGUCAGUCAGAAACUCCCCCGUUGCUCGACACGCCUAAACUUUGACAACUCAAGCAGCAGCAAAAGAAGCUCAUUUUCAGCGCAUCUGGGACACAAACCAACAGCACCGCCUGAAUCCGUUUGUAUCGAGGGGAUAAAGUCAGCCUUCAACCUGUCCGUCACUGAGUGACAGCACAUAUCUGCAGGGGGAGACGUCUAUCAUGCAAUUCGAGUUUGCAAAGUGGUCUCAAAGCGUGCACUCAAACAGUAACACAUCGUGGAACACCGAUGUACAAGAAAACCAAACACAGAUGCCAUUAGGAGGAGGAAACAAGUGCGGCCGCUGUCAAAAGACGGUCUACUUUGCAGAAGAGGUGCUGUGUGAUCGUCAGAGCUUCCACAAGUCCUGCUUCCUGUGCAUGGUGUGCAGGAAGAACUUGGACAGCACCACUGUCGCCGUUCACAUGGAUGAAGUCUACUGCAAGGCGUGCUACAGCAAGAAGCACGGGCCCAAAGGUUACGGUUACGGCCAGGGAGCAGGGACGCUCAGCAUGGACAAGGGGGAGUCUCUGGGCAUCACACAUGAAGAACCGGCUCCCCGUCGUCCGACCAGCAGCAACCCGAACCCACCCGGGACGGCGCAGAGGUUUGGAGGCUCAGACAAGUGCCCUCGAUGCGGCAAGGCUGUCUACGCCGCGGAGAAAGUGAUUGGAGCUGGGAGUGCAUGGCACAAGAUUGGAUGUUUCACUUGUGCCACGUGUAAUAAGAGCCUCGAGUCAACCACACUGGCUGAUAAGGAUGGAGAAAUCUACUGCAAAGGCUGUUAUGGCAAACAAUUUGGUCCCAAGGGAUUUGGGUAUGGACUGGGAGCUGGGGCGCUGGUAAAUACCCAGUAGAGGGCAGACCAAUGACAUCUGGGUUGCCAUGUUUGCAGGAAGCUUGCGCUAGCUGUGUCCUUACUGCAGAGGGCAGACUGCAGCCAGUAAACUUCCACGUGUCUGAGUGGAGGAAGGUCUCGUGUACAGUAUAUACAGCAUAUGGCGUGGGGACGCGAGAACAGCUUGUUAAAGAGCCUUCUUUGACUCUCAGUAAAUCAUGAUACUUAACCUUAAUGCAUUGAUGAUUCGCACCUUUUCUGUAUUUUCAUUUCCUUGUUUAAAUGAAAUACCAGUUUCUUAUCAAUAAUACUAUUGUAAUAUUGUUUUUUUUCUACAAUAACGAUGAUAUUAAAUACUGUUAAGAGA